UUUGACGUGCUCGUGAGUCUGAGGAUGUUCAGCAUGAGGAGCGCGAGCAGGCUGCUGGGGACCGGGAGUCUUCAUCACCUUCAUCUUCAUCUUCAUCUUCAUCAGCAGCAGCUUCACCAGAGGUCCGCGGGGAUCAUCGGGGCGCCUUUCUCCAAGGGACAGCCCAGAGACGGAGUGGACAGAGGACCGGACCUGAUCCGAGCUGCAGGGCUGCUGGACAAACUCCAAGGACAAGGCUGUGCAGUGAAGGAUUAUGGGAACCUGCAGUUUGAGGAGGUGGUCGCUGACGAGCCCGUCGGUCGGGUGAAGCGCGUGAGGGCGGUGGGCAGCGCCAACCAGAGGCUGUCCGAGGCAGUGCAGGCAGUGAAGAGGGACGGACACACCUCUGUGAUGCUGGGAGGAGACCACAGUUUGGCGAUCGGCUCCAUCCACGGUCACUCCAUGGCGGUCGGGGAGCUGAGCGUGGUUUGGGUCGAUGCUCACGCCGACAUCAACACGCCGCUGUCCUCGCCCACGGGAAACAUGCACGGACAGCCCAUGUCCUACCUCCUCCAUGAGCUGCAGUCCAAGGUUCCUGUCUUACCAAACUUCUCCUGGAUCAAACCGUGCGUUCGGGCCAAAGACCUGGUCUACAUCGGGCUGAGAGACGUGGAUCCAGAGGAGCAUUACAUCCUGAAGCUGCUGGGCGUGAAGGUGUUCUCCAUGUCGGAGGUGGAUCAGCUCGGAGUUUCCAGAGUCAUGGAGGAGACGUGUGAUUAUCUCUCCGACAAAGUGAAGAAACCGAUUCACCUGAGUUAUGACAUCGAUGCCGUUGACCCCUCGGUUACCCCGGCAACGGGAACACCCGUCACCGGAGGGCUGACGUACCGAGAGGGCGUGUUCAUCACCGAGCACCUCAGCCAGACAGGUCUCCUGUCGGCCGUGGACAUGGUGGAGGUGAAUCCUCUGAGGGCUCGGACGGAGCAGGACGUCCUCUCCACGGUCAGCACGGCGGUCGACCUGCUGCUCGGAUGCUUCGGACGUCUCCGUCAGGGAAACCACUCGGCAGGUUACCGUCUGCCUGAGCCCUGAGCAGAGCGACGCCCACAUCUCCCACUGCACCGACAGACCCCUGAACGCCUCACGGCUCAGACACCAGAGGAUCAGACUUCAGAGUUUGUUUCUCGACGCCAGUGAAACGUGUUUUUAAACCAAACAUCUGAAGUUGGUGAAUCCAUGGAGUUAAAUUUAAAGCACAAAUUUUAUAUUUUGUUCAUUAUUCUACUGUAUCAAUUAUUUACGAUUGAUUACUUAAUAAAGACAGAAAUCAGCUUCAUAAAAACUCUGUGAA